AUGGUGCAGGGCAACGUGCGGGCGGCAGCAGCAGCACGAGUGCACAGCAGGGCAGGCACGGGCAGCGCUAGCAGGGCACGGUGCAGGGCAGCGUGCGGGCGGGAGCUGCAGCAGCAGCACGAGCUCACGGGCAGGGCAGGAGCGGGCAUCACUAACAGGGCAGGACAUGGGCGCUCGGGCACGGGGCAGCAGGGCACGCACGGGCACGGGGCAGAGGGGCACGCGCUGGCGCUGGGCAGCAGGGCGCGCGUGGGCACAGGGCAGCGGAGCACGCAUAAGCACUGGGCAGUGGGGCACGGGCUGGAUCUGGGCAGCAGGGCUCGCGAUGGCGCUGGGCAGCAAGGCACGCACGGGCACGGGGCAGCAGGGCACGCUCUGGCACUGGGCAGUGGGGCGAGCCUAAGCUCUGGGCACGCGCGGGCGCAGGGCAGCGGGGCACUCCCGGGCUCUGGGGAGCGGGGCACACGCGGGCAGAUACAUGGCAUCGUCAAGAUGAUGACACCUGUCAUAGCGAAGCUAUUGCUACUGGACGACUAG